AUGGACCUCGACUCCUCCGACGGCCAUGCGUGGCUGCUCGACGCCCUGGCCUCCUCGCCCCUCUUCUCGGCCGCGUCCCCGCCGCCGUGGCCGUUCGGAGACCAGCAUUCCUCGUCACAGAUGGAUGCGGCUACGGCCGCCCCGGACGAAGCCCCGAGCGCGCGCUCCGAGAAAUCUGAAUCAGCUGGUACGAAAGUAAAGAACAUCAGUGGAAAAUUCCAGGUUCAUGUUUCCCUGGAUGACGAUUUUUCAGAUAGCUCUUAUUUCUUGAAGGAAAGGCUUACACUAGCUCUCAGGUACUUCAAGAACUCCACUGAUCAGCAUAUGUUAGUUCAAGUUUGGGCACCCACCAAGAACGGAGAUCGGUACAUGCUGACUACUUCAGGACAGCCCUUUGUGCUUGACCAACAGAGCAUCAGACUUCUUCAGUACAGGGCUGUGUCCAUGGGAUAUGCGUUCCCUGUAGAUGGGGAUAAUGUCCAUGAGUUGGGGCUACCAGGACGGGUAUACAGGCAGCGAAUACCUGAGUGGACACCAGAUGUGCAGUAUUAUAGCAGUGCUGAGUAUCGGCGGCUUAACCAUGCCAUAAAUAACAACGUUCAUGGUACUGUUGCCUUGCCUGUGUUUCAUCCCUCUGUGCAGUCAUGUGUUGCUGUUGUUGAACUUAUAAUGACAUCCAAGAAGGUCAACUAUGCAAGCGAGGUCGAUAAAGUCUGCAAAGCUCUUGAGGCAGUGAAUCUUAAAAGCACCGAUAUCGUGGAACAUCCAUACUUCCAGAUAUGUAAUGAAGGCUGCCACAGUGUUCAGGUAGAGAUACUGGAAAUCUUGACUGUAGUCUGUGAAGAGUUGAAACUGCCCAUAGGUCAAACUUGGGUGCCUUGCAAACAUCAGAGUUUACUGUCACAUGGUGGCGGGGUGAAGAAGAGUUGCUCGAGCUUCGAUGGAAGUUGUAUGGAAGAUGUAUGCAUCUCAACCAGUGAUGUUGCCUUUCACGUUACUGAUGCUUGCAUAUGGGGCUUCAGAGAUGCCUGUGUAGCUCACCACCUACAGAAGGGGCAAGGAGUUCCUGGAAAGGCAUUCAUCUCACGCAGACCAUGUUUUUCGAAAGAUGUCAGUAGAUUCUCCAAGAUGGAGUAUCCUCUUGUACACUAUGCUCGCAUGUUUGGAUUAGCUGGCUGUUUCUCGAUAUGCUUGCAGAGUGCUUAUACUGGUGAUGAUGAUUAUAUAUUAGAAUUUUUCCUGCCACCUGAUUGCAGAGAAGAUAAUGAACAGAAGGCUCUUAUGGAGUCCAUCAUGGUUCUGUUGAGACAGCAUCUUCGUAGUUUACAGGUAGCCAGUGAUAAAAGCUCGGAUGAAGCUUAUGUUCAAGUUGAUGCUGUUACUCUAAUUCAUAGUGAAGAAACGAAGAAUACAUUCCAUACAUUACUUGAGAGUGAUAUGCAUGGAGGAAUCGAUGAGUCCGAUAACACAAAUGAUAAAAUUUCAACAGUGUCUAAUAAACAUCUGUUAUCUGGUAAUUACUCUAAAUGGAAUGACAACCCAGUGGCAGAACCAAGUGGCAGCGGGACCUGCAAUUCUUCAUUGCUUUACAAAAAGAAAAAACGAAGAAGAGGCAAACCAGAAAAGACAUUCAGUUUAGAGGUUAUCCAACAGUAUUUUUCUGGAAGCUUGAAAAGUGCAGCCAAAAGUCUUGGAGUAUGUCCUACAACUUUGAAGCGCAUUUGCAGGCAACAUGGGAUUUCCAACUGGCCAUCGCGACAAAUUGGCAAGGUUAACCGGUCGAUUUCAAGAUUACAGAAGGUAAUUGAGGCUGCUCAAGGGUCAGAGAGUGCAUUUAAUGUCAUCACAACUCCUGUUCCUGUCAAUAUUUUGGAUAUAGAGAAAGCAACACAAAAUGGAACUGCUGAACCUUACAAUCAUUACAGUGAAGAAAACAGAGGUCCAUUCUCACAGAAUUUGCAACAAAAUGGUUGCAACCUAAGCGCACCCAUCUCAUCGCAGACCUUUUUAGCUAACAAUUGUAAUCAGAUUGAAGAAGAUAAAUCAACUAACUCGAGAAGCUCAUCUGGUCAACAUAGCACGCAUUCGCAUACUUCUGAAGGGUCCUUCCGAGGAAGCCUGGGAAACAGGGCCUCAGUUUGCAAGACAUUCAUAGGGCCACAGCAGAACUUGUUGAAUCCGGAUGUACCAUUUGAAGAGCAAGACCAGCUGCUUUCUAGGAUACUCCUUAAAGAUUCUGUCAGACCGACUGUUAUCUCUUCAGGUAGGAUCGUGACAGUGAAGGCGCGUUACAAUGAAGACAUUCUAAGGUUUCGCUUCCCGUGUUCUGGGAGUGUUAGCGCCUUGAAAGAUGAGGUGGCCAAAAGGAUACCAAUUGAUGUUGGUAAUUUCGUCAUCAAAUAUCUGGAUGAUGAUCACGAGUGGGUUAAUCUGACAUGCGAUGCAGACUUAGAAGAGUGCAUGGAGAUCUACCAGUUAUCAGGUACCAAUGUUAUGAGACUAUUGGUCACAGACAUCGCCGUCGUUUUCGGGAGUUCUUGUGGAAGCACUGCUUAAUUCUACGCUUAGAUAUGGUAGUAU